AUGGAAACUCCCAUCAAUGUUGUGGAAGAUAUGGACUUAUGUGUUGUGAUUUCUGAAGUCAACAUGGUUGAUUCAAAUCCAAGAGAAUGGUGGCUUGAUACAGGUGCUACAUGUCAUAUCUGCUGUGACGAAGACUCUUUUUCUGAGUUGCAACAUUGUGAAAAUGGGGAGAAACUCUAUAUGGGCAAUGCUGCAACUUCUAAAAUUAAAGGGAAGGGUACCGUAGUUUUGAAGAUGACUUCUGGCAAAGAACUCAAGCUUCAAAAUUUGUUGUAUAUGCCUGAAAUACACAAGCACCCUGUUUUUGGGACACUUCUUAGUGUACACGGCUUUAAGAUGGUCUUUGAAUCCCAGAAGCUAGUUUUGUCUAAGGGGGAAUUAUCUACAAUAACUUCUAUAAAGAUAAUACUUGCAAUUGCCACAUUGCGGAAUCUAGAAAUACAUCAAAUGAAUGUUAGAACAGCUUUCCUAAAUGGAGAUCUUGAUGAAGAAAUCUACAUGGUACAACCUAAAGGUCAUGUAGUUCUAGGACAAGAAAGGAAAGUUUUUAAAUUGGUGAAGUCUUUAUAUGGACUUAAGCAAGCACCAAAAUAA